AUGUCAUCGCGUAGCUCUGGGGUGGCCUCGGGGCUGGGUUCCCAGCCCAGCACCUCUCUGCUGGCACAAAGGAAGUCCUUCCCGGCGCUGCAUCUCUGUCCCCCGCAGAGCAGCUCGCUCACCCUGCCCAGCCAGGAGGACUUCUUGCAGAGCUUCAACAGGAGACUGCACAACAUGAGCGAUGUUCUGAGGGCUGAUCUGUUGGACUGCAACUACUCCAUCCCUGACCCGCAGCUGAUCCGGAGGAUCGUCUCUCAGGUGGAGUUCUACCUCUCCGAUGAGAACCUGUCCAAGGAUGCUUUCCUCCUGAAACACGUCCAGAAGAACAAGAUGGGGUUUGUGAGCAUCAAACUGCUGACGUCCUUCAAGAAGGUGAAAUACCUGACGCGGGACUGGCGGCUGACGCUCUACGCCCUGCAGUUCUCGGAGCUGCUGGAGGUGAACAAGGAGGGCACCAAAGUCCGGCGGCGCGUCCCGGUCCCCGAGUCCCUGCUGAGCAUCCCCCCCAGCAAACUGCUGCUGGCCUGGGAGCUGCUGCCCCAGGGACAGGGGGUGCUGCCACCGCUCCAGAAGAACUUCCUGGAGACUAUCACAAGGAUGUUCAGCCCCUUCGGCGCCAUCGCCUCCAUCCGCAUCCUGCGGCCGGGCCGCAAGCUGCCCUCGGAUGUGCGGAAAUACACCUCGCGUUUCCCGGAGCUGCUGAGCAAGUGCUGCGCGCUGGUGGAGUACGAGAGCCUGGAGAGCGCCCGCAGGGCAUUCGAGAGCCUCGGCCGCCAGAGCUGCCCGGGUGGUGAGAGCAUCAGGGUGGUCCGACUCUGCGGGAAGAGCUCCAAGAAGAAAGCUGGGGCAGAGAGGGAGGCGGCGCCGGAGCUGGUGGACCAGCUGGGCUGGAAGGCGCAGGCGGCGGCGACGUCCCCCUACGGCAUCGGGGAGUCCCUGCUCUGCAGCUCCCCGGAGCCAGAUAGUGCCCUGGAGUUGUCAUCCUUCCCCUGGAACAAGGAACCCUCCAUAGCCACAUGGUCCAGCACCGACUUCAAGCCCAGCGACUUCAGCAACGCUUUCAAUGGAUCGCUCCUCACCAGCAAAGUCUUUGGUCCACUGGGGACAGGCGUGGGCACCGGCGGGUGGUAUGGCCUCUGCUCCAGCCCCAAAAGCCCCUGCAGCAGCAGCUGGGGGAGAGGGGGGGGUCUCUGGGGGCCCUGCUGCAGCAACCCCAUCCCAGAUGCUAAACCUCCUCCCAGCAAUCCCCUGGCAGCCAAGCGGGUGCCGGAGCACCACGGCCUGCAGGAUGGGGUCCUUCGCCUGCCCCACGGCCCUGAUGGCACCAAGGGCUUCAGCAGCAGCUCCAGGAGAGGAGAGCUCGUCCCCCGGCACUGA